AUAUUAAAUAACUAAAAUCAAAUGACCAAUGAAUCAUUUUGACUAUGCAAUGAAGAAGAUACAAUUUACUUCCAGGAAUGCGACAUAUGCCGUCGGCAUUCUCCGGUCGUGUCCUCGUGUGCAGCUCCCUCUUCUUUACACUCAUACUCGUAUCUAUGUACUCCGCAUCACUUGUUCCAUUCGUCUCGUCAAAGAGCAGCAGCAUUGCACUACCAUUUAGUACGUUCAGAGGUCUGACAAUGCAGACUGAGUAUAGCUACGGCGCAAUGAGGGGAGGCGCUGUAUACCAAUACUUUAUGUACUCCAAAGGAGAUACUGAACGGAAGAUAGCAGCUUACCUCAGAGGGAAUCCCUCCAAUUUUGUGCGUAAUACGGCUGAAGGAGUAAAGAGAGCGCAACAGGGAAAGUAUGCAUACAUUGUCGAGUCGUCGCUGGCCUACCAUGCCGUCUCGAAGUUUUGUGACUUGAUGGUUAUAGGAGAUCAGCUGGAGGAAAGAACAUACAACUUUGCCUGUCGACAAAACACUAACAUUUGUGACCAACUCAACACAGCUAUUUUACAGCUGAAAAUAAACGGAGUUAUGAACGAGCUCAAAACAAAAUGGUGGAGUGGAAAAUGUGGCGUCUUCCCCAUAAAGCUAAUGAGCGCAUCUGAUGACGUAGUGGACGCUAGGGGUAAACCAAUUGACAUGAUACGUUUUACUGUUCCUUUGGUUUUACUGGUGGCUGGGAUAGUUUUGAGUAUUGUGAUGCUACUAGUGGAGAUUUUCUUUCCCAAAGUCGCAAAGCUACUCUACACACAGAGAAAAUCGGACGUCACCCAUGGGUUUUCUGGACAUAUGCAUACAUCAUCAGACUGGACAGAUACAUAAAAGAUCAGAACUCCUCGUCAGUAACGUGUUUAUGUAGCACACUACAGUAGGACAGCCUGGCCAUGGAUGAUAUCUUUUAUUAAACAAAUAACUCCUGUAUUAUGAUAUGCAUAAAAAAAAGAAAUAUUAAAUGUACACUAUUAUUGGUAUAUCCAUUAUGAAGUAGUAAAUAAAGGCUUCAACUCUGAAAAAAAUGAAUAAAUAAAUUGGUUCCGGAUUUUAAAUUUCCGGAUUUUCUGAAAGUGUGUUUACACCGUAAAUUUAGUUUUGCCUACAGCGAAAACCGUAUCUCAUAAACAAGGUAAAAUUGCAGGAAUGAGUCAAUGUAAAACAUAUGUCAGAACGAGAUUGAUUCUGUCUAAGGGCUAGAGAUAUUUAAUUUCAAACAGUUUUCAGAAAAAAAUGUGUAGAGAAUUGUGUCAUUUUGGGUCAAAAUUCAGGAUAUUUUGCAAUUUCUAAGGUUUUUUGAAGUGGUUAUCAUAGUAUUCACAUGUCUGAAAGACAUAGAAAAAAUAAGUUUACUAUUCUUCAGAACUGUGUUAAAAUCGCAAAUAUUGUAUAGAUUACAAAUAUAUAUAUUUUAUUAUAAGUAAUAUGUAUGGCAAUGUUAACAUAUCUAAAACAUGUGCCAUAUUUUUCAGUAUUGGACUUUUUUACUGUACACUUCUACCUUAUAAGGGUUAUUUUUUUAAAUGCGCUUAAUCAUGCUUGAUUAGGCUUCAUUUUCAUUCAAUACUUGUUUAACACCUAACUUGUUAGAUAUUAGAUGAAUUAAGGGAGGUAACUCGCUUUUCUGCCCAUUUUAAAGGUGGGUUUAUAAGCAUACUAUUAAAUGAUAAAAGUGUUAAUUGAAAAAUUAUUUUAUGUUUUAAACAAACCUAAAAUAACUUAUUGGGUAUCUCACAAUCAAUAUAGACUGAAUUAUGGUUUAUUUUACCUGAUGUAUUACCCUGUAUCCAUAGAACCAAUUAAGUGAGUGUUAUUUAUGAAACUUUUGGUGGAAACAUUAUUUUGAUUUAUUCAUACAAUAGCAUACAUGUAUUUUUAAAGGAUUGUUUGUACGGCUGAUAUGAUAUUGUCAAUGAUUGUCAUUCCCAUAUGUGUAGCAGAAGAAACCGAAUUUUCCGAAUAAAAUUAGAUCAGCGGACAGUGUC